AUGGGCUACGUCGGCGGCCGGGCCUCUGUUACGUCGCCCACCGGCGCGGGCGUGGCCGUGGAUAAGAAGUCUGAGGGGCGCCGGCAGCCCAGUCCCACCAUCGCGCGGCCCGCUCGGCCAAGACCGGCGGAGCCCCGCGCCACCUCCCCCAAGUCCCUGCCCCGCCGCGGCGCGUCACUUCCGCCCCCUCGGGCCGGGGCUGGGGCGGGGAGCGCGGGGGAGGGGGCCAGGUCCGAGGGAAGCCCGCCCGAGCCGGGACUACAUUUCCCGAGGGGCCUGGGCGGCGGCGGCGGCGGCGGCGGGCGCGGCAACGUCCCCCGGAAGUGGAGCCCGGGACUUCCACUCGUGCGUGAGGCGAGCGGAGCGGAGACAAGACCAGAGGCCGAACUCGGGAUCUGACAAGAUGGCCGGGCUGCCCCGCAGGAUCAUCAAGGAAACCCAGCGUUUGCUGGCAGAACCAGUUCCCGGCAUUAAGGCAGAACCAGAUGAGAGCAACGCCCGUUAUUUUCAUGUGGUCAUUGCUGGCCCCCAGGAUUCCCCCUUUGAGGGAGGGACUUUUAAACUUGAACUAUUCCUUCCAGAAGAGUACCCGAUGGCAGCCCCUAAAGUACGUUUCAUGACCAAAAUUUAUCAUCCUAAUGUAGACAAGUUGGGAAGAAUAUGUUUAGAUAUUUUGAAAGAUAAGUGGUCCCCAGCACUGCAGAUCCGCACAGUUCUGCUAUCGAUCCAGGCUUUGUUAAGUGCUCCCAAUCCAGAUGAUCCAUUAGCAAAUGAUGUAGCGGAGCAGUGGAAGACCAACGAAGCCCAAGCCAUAGAAACAGCUAGAGCAUGGACUAGGCUAUAUGCCAUGAAUAAUAUUUAAAUCAAUCUGAUCAUCAAGUGUGCAUCACUUCUCCUGUUCUGCCAAGACUUCUUCCUUUUUUGUUUGCAUUUAAUGGACACAGUCUGAGAAACAUUACAGAAUAAAAGCCCAGACAUCUUCAGUCCUUUGGUGAUUAAAUGCACAUUAGCAAAUCUAUGUCUUGUCCUGAUUCACUGUUGUAAAGCAUGAGCAGAGGCUAGAAGUAUCAUCUGGAUUGUUGCAAAACGUUUAAAAGCAGUGGCCCCUCUCUGCUUUUAUUCAUUUUCCCCAUCAUGGUUUAAGUAUAAAGCACUGUGAAUGAAGGUAGUCGUCAGGGUUAGCUGCAGGGGUGUGGGUGUUUUUCUUUAUUUUAUUAUUUUUUUUUGAGGGGGGAAGUAGUUUUAUUUUAAUUUAAUGGGCUUCUUUCCCCCUUUUUAUGGUGAUCUAAUUGCAUUGGUUAAAAGCAGCUAACCGGUUCUUUAGAAUAUGCUCUCUAGCCAAGUCUAACUUUAUUUAGACGCUGUAGAUGGACAAGCUUGAUUGUUUGAACCAAAAUGGGAACAUUAAACAAACAUCACAGCCCUCACUAAUAACAUUGUGACUUUGCUGUCAAGUGUAGAAUUCUCCCUUCAAGAAAAAGCUUGUGACCAUUUUGUAUGGCUUGUCUGGAAACUUCUGUAAAUCUUGUUUUAGUAAAAUAUUUUUUUGUUAUUCUA